AUGCCUUGCGAAGGCGAGCGUGAGUCAAGCGUUUCCACGCCCUCUUCUGGGCAGCACUUUUUUGGAGGAGGCACGACAGCACGUUCUGAUGUACAGGCAGCGUCCGCAGCUGCUGGUGCCGCAACCAAAGGGGGAGAUGGAAAGGUGGUGAACACCAGCGCUAACGGGAGUGCAUCGACUUUCUCUGAGGAACAGCGAACAGUGUUCUUUCCCGAAUCAACCUUUCUGCAUCACAAGACGCGCGACAAAGUCCGCAGGGCAAAGAAGCAGCAUAGGGGCGACUUGCAUUGGAGCGAAUGGGACAAAUUUGGAUACGCAAACUCGGACUUUUGCGAAGUUUCCCUGCAAGUAAAGGAGAACCUUCCUCGGAUCUACAAGAAGGAUACGGUUCAUGCUGAUUUUAUAAGAAACUUUGAGGUUCCUGGUCGCCCUGUUCUACUGUGCGGCUGGAUGGACGAAUGGCCUGCCAUGAAGAAAUGGGACCUCGAGACGCUCCUCCACGACUACCGAUUGGCCAAAUUUAAAGUUGGGGAAAAGGAUAAUGGUGACAAGAUCAAGCUCUCCAUGAAAUAUUUUAUGGAUUAUUUGAAGCAUCAGACAGAUGAUUCGCCGCUCUAUUUGUUUGAAUCAGCGGUCGAGGACAAGGCAAACACUUGUGGCCUCCUCAACGAUUGGCAGGUGCCCGAUUUGUUUCCCGUGGACCUGCAUGCUAUCGUUGGGGAUGAACGACGACCCCCACACCGGUGGUUCUGUGUCGGGCCUAAACGAAGCGGAACGACUGUCCACAUUGAUCCUCUGGGCACCGCUGCGUGGAAUGCGGUUACUUCGGGAUAUAAACGCUGGGCGCUGUUCCCUCCAAACGUAUCAAAGCAGAUUGUCAAGGGGAAGCACCUCAUGAAGUCUGGCGAAGACGACGAGCCGAUAAUGUGGUUCCAGAACAUUUUGCCACGCAUAAAGGAGAAGUAUCCGGAUAUUCCGGUAUACGAGUGCAUCCAAGGGCCUGGGGAGGUGAUAUACGUGCCACCGAAUUGGUGGCAUGCGGUGCUGAAUCUGUCGGAUUGUGUAGCCUGCACACAAAAUCAUUUCUCUUUCGGCUUCUUGGAAGCUGGAUGGCGCAAAUUUCGCAAGGGCAGGCGCCGUUUAGCGGCUCAUUGGUUCACCCGACUGAAACGUUAUUUUCCUGAAAAGGAGGUCUACGGACGUCUUGACCUUAUGAACAAAGUGGACGGCUGGGAGAUUCGCUCGGGGAAGUUCUGCCGCGUGCGGGCAUCAAGUGGUUUCGCAACCGAUGUUAGUAGCGAUAGCAGCAGCAGCAGCAGCAGCAGCGCCUCUUCGGAUGACGAGGACGAGCUGUCUGAGAUUGAUGAACACGUACGGCGUAUGCGAGCUGGCAUUUCCAGAGAGGCGUGGCAGGCCUACUUCCAGACGGCUAAGGAGCAGCCCUCCGCCGCACCCCGGACGCUUCCCCAAGACACCACACCUCUUGCUCGACUCACGGAACCACACAGAGGAUAUUUCACGGAAAAACGAACUUUGCUGCUUUCGGGUUGCCCUGCCUCGAGCGUAACUACUGAGCCAUCCUCUGCAGAACAUCAGGGAAACGUUUCAGGUGCCGAUGGCAAGAGACAAAAGACGCAGUCCUAG